AUGGCAACUGAGGAAGAAGAGAAGGUGCAUGGUGCAGAUGGUCAAGAAACAAAGGCCAUGGAUCUGGUUGGUUGUCUUCGAUGCUUCAUGUACGUCAUGUUAUCAGAGGUGGAUCCAAAGUGCCCUAAGUGCAAGAGCACAGCAUUUAUCGAUUUGAGGGAGAUGGUGUGGAACGCAGCUCCUCUGGUACUUCACGAGGAACAGUGGAAAGUCCAUCUUCUUGAGGGAAAUAUAAUUUCCCAGGAACUUUUUGGUAAAACGAUGCAUUCAAAAGCCACUGUUUUGCUUCACUUGAUAUUGAAAAUGGAGCUGCAUGCUGCUAGAUGGAUUUUUUCUUCAAGAUUAAAAUGUGUGCUUGAAGAGUCUGUAAGACGUAUGAAUAAAUUUCUACAUGAAGGAUUCAUGGAUGUGAAGGGUCUUGUUUUGUGCAAGGUUGACAUAUAUGCAGCGAUCAAUUUUGGUACUGAGAAGGUAAAGAAGAUCAACUGCUUCUUUGAAAAAUUAACUGAUAAUACUAGUUUGAAAAAAUACAUUGUUCUGAGUUCAUCGAUAUUGUUAGCUACAUCGAAAAUAUUGUUGAUUUUGGCGAUGUCAGCAAAAUUAGUCAUCAGGAUAAGUGUUAUCUAUUUGAACAAGUAG